GGUUCAUCCAUGCUGUCACAAAGGUCCCUUUUGUUGACUCAGCACUUGUGGAAGGAAUGUCUCCAGGUAUCAGUGGACAGGUCAUGGCUCCACGGCCCCGGCGACGAAGGCACAAGAAAUCUCUCUCAUCAAUGGCUCCUACAGCUGUAACCCCUCCCACAGCUGUGACCCCUUCCACAGUUGUGACUCCACCCACAGUUGUGACUCCUGUGCCUCUGACCUUCUCAAAACCUGGCCCUAGCAUUGAUGCACUUGGCUUCUACUCCUUGGAGAAAAAUGUUCCUGGCCUAUCCCAGCUUAUUCUUCAAAAGCUGAACAUGAAAAGCUAUGAAGAAUACAAGUUGGUGAUAGAUGGGGAUACUCCUGUAUCAGGCUUUGGAUUUCGAUGCAUUGAAGAAAUGUUCCAGAAGAUGGAGGACACAUUCCGAUUCUGUGCUCACUGUAGAGUACUCCCUAGUGGCCUUUCAGACUCCAAGGUCCUCCGGCACUGCAAGAGGUGCAGAAAUGUCUAUUACUGUGGUCCGGAGUGCCAGAGGUCAGAUUGGCCAGCACACAGGAGGGUUUGUCAAGAGCUGCGUCUUGUAGCUGUGGACCGUCUCAUGGAAUGGCUUCUGGUCACAGGAGAUUUUGUCCUACCCUCAGGACCUUGGCCAUGGCUGGCUGAAGUUAUACAGGGCUGGGACACCUGGUUUUCCAUGCGACGUUUACAGCUAGAUGCUACAUUGGAUGCUAUGCUAGGUAGUCAUGCCAUGACCACACUGUGGGCCAGUGUAGGAAGGCCAAGGCCAGACCCAGAUGUUCUGCAGGGCUCUUUGAAGCGACUCCUGACGGAUGUCCUAUCACGGCCUUUGACACUGGGCUUUGGGCUUCGGGCCUUGGGGAUAAAUGUUAAGAAGAUCGGAGGAAGCACAGUGCAUAUAGUUGGUGCUUCCCAUGCGGAGACAUUUCUCACUCGCCCCGGGGACUAUGAUGAGCUUGGUUACAUGUUUCCUGGACACCUUGGCCUCCGUAUAGUAAUGGUGGGUGUAGAUGUUGCUGCUGGCUUUUCACAGAGCACCUCAACUUCACCUGUGGAACCUGGCACAAUUCAGCUUAGUGGCCAUAGGGGCCUCUAUCAUAACUUCUGGGAGGAGCAGGUAGAGACUGGGCAGACAGCCCAUCCAGAUUUGGUGGUGGCAUUCCAUCCAGGUUUUCACGCUUCCCCGGACUUGAUGGAGGCUUGGCUGCCCACCCUUCUGCUACUUCGUGAUUAUAAGAUCCCUACACUGAUUACUGUUUACAGCUACCAGGAGUUGGCAGCCUCUUUGCAGAUUCUGUUAGACCUGGAUAUGCACAUCAUUGCCUAUGGAGCCAACCCUUUCCCGUCCCUCAAACCUGAACAGGUCUAUUCCAACCCCAACAAGCAGCCAGUAUACUGCAGUGCCUACUAUAUCACAUCUCUUGGAAGCUCCUGCCAGCUGGAUAAGAGGCAAUUGGAAGAGAAAGUAGAUGGUGGGGUUUAA